AGCUAAUGUAUCCGGAAACCGGCUGUAGGUGUGAGGUGGGUAGAACUUGACGGGAAGAGCGAUGAAGCCGGCGGUGGACGAGAUGUUCCCCGAGGGUGCGGGGCCUUAUGUUGACCUUGAUGAGGCUGGAGGAAGUACAGGUCUGUUGAUGGAUCUAGCAGCCAAUGAAAAGGCAGUACAUGCAGACUUCUUUAAUAAUUUCGAAGAUAUGUUUGACGACGAUGAUAUCCAGUGAAAUUCAUCUUCCAGCUGUGCUGUAUACUUAAGUUUUUGUUGUAGAGGCACACUGUGUUCUAAACAAAGAGAAAAUGUCAAUAUUGUGCCUGAGACAUGGAAGAACACUACGAAAGGCAAAAGAAUGAUGAAGAGGAGAAUUGUGGAGUUGUUUCCCACUAGAAAAUGUGUAGAUAUGCAAUAUUUCUGGCUUGCUUCAAUAAAAUCUAAACAAUC